AAUAAACUCAGCCAGACAUCGUAUUUAGGAAGUAGAUAAACCCACGCAAACUCCAAUGUGACAAAACGUGACAACCUCGAGAAGAUAUAAUUGUACUCUAUUUCUUUAAAUACUCUACAUAUCUUCCGCUGAAUCACAAAAUAGUUCCAUCACGACAGACUUAACACCAUUAAUCUUCUCAUGGAUCUCAACUCCUUGCAACAUAAUUAUACUUUCUUACUUGGGCUUGGAGCGGUAGGACUUGUGGUCCUUCAUUUCUUCUUGUUCUUCACUAAAACUGGUAAAAACAAAGCUGCACCUGAAGCAAGUGCUGCAUGGCCAAUAUUUGGCCAUUUGAAACUCUUUGGAGGAUCAUUCGGUCCUACCCACAUAGCAUUGGGAUCCAUGGCUGUAAAACACGGACCAAUCUUUACGGUUCGUCUAGGAGUCCGUAAAGUAUUGGUAGUGAAUAGUUGGGAGAUUGCUAAAGAACUUUUCACUACCCAUGAUCUAACUAUCUCCUCUCGCCCCAAGUUUACAGCUGCUGAGAUUUUGGGAUAUAACUAUGCCAUGUUUGGAUUCACUCCUUAUGGUCCAUACUGGCGAGAAAUACGUAAGAUUGCUUCUCUUCAGCUGUUAUCAAGUCGUCGCCUUGAGCAGUUAAAGGAUGUUCGUGUAUCUGAACUGGAUAACUCUAUCAGAAACAUACAUGAGCUUUUGAAGGAGAAGAGAGAUGCUAAGGGGAAAGUGUUGGUUGAUAUGAAGAAAUGGUUUUGGGAUUUUGAUUUGAAUGUGAUGCUAAGAAUGGUAGUUGGUAAACGGUGUACGGGGGCUAAAAACAAUGAAGAGCAGGAUGACAUGAAUAGGUAUUGUGAAGUGUUUGGGGAAUUAUUUCAUUUAUUGGGGCUCUUUGUGGUGGCAGAUGCACUUCCUUUCCUUGGGUGGUUGGAUUUGGGUGGUCAUGUAAAGGCCAUGAAAAGAGUUGCAAAAGAAAUUGAUUGCAUAAUUGGGAAGUGGUUGGACGAUCAUAGGAGAAAGAGGAGUUCUGCCGAAGCUAUUGAGGAAAAGGAUUACAUGGAUGUGAUGAUCUCUGCUGUUGAAACCGGAGGCUUGACAAAUUAUGAUGCUGAUGCGAUUAUUAAGUCUACAUGCUUGGAUAUCAUUGCUAGUAGUGCGGAUACCAUCACAGCCACCCUAACAUGGACACUUUCACUGCUAUUAAAUAAUCCCUUCGCUCUGCAAAACGUUCAAGAGGAAAUAGACAAGCAUGUUGGAAAGGGUAGACGUGUAAAUGAUUCAGAUAUUAGCAAACUAGUCUACCUCCAAGCUAUUGUAAAGGAGUCACUGAGGUUAUUCCCAGCAGCACCACUUGGAGCUGCAAGAGAAUUUUCCGAAGAUUGCACUGUAGCUGGGUACCAUGUCCCAAAAGGCACAUGGUUGAUUGUCAACAUAUGGAAGCUCCAACAUGACCCAGAAAUCUGGUCAGAUCCAUCAGAAUUUAGGCCUGAGAGGUUCCUUUCUGGGACUCAUGCACAUGUAGAUGUUAGGGGGACAAACUUUGAGUUAAUUCCAUUUGGUGCUGGAAGAAGGUCGUGUCCCGGGUUAGCUUUUUCACUUCAGAUGUUGCACAUUGUGUUGGCUACUUUACUGCAAAAUUUUGACAUGUCAUCGCCUAACGAUUCAAUUAUAGAUAUGACUGAAAGUGUCGGAUUAAUAAAUGCCAAGGCUUCUCCCCUUAAACUUUUGAUAAGCACCCCACCAGCUUUGCAUACCAGAACAUCGCAUAAUCAUCUGUUUAUCCGCCUGUGUUUUGUUGCAACAGACGCCCGCACGCUCUCCGCCGGUCAUCCUUCUACCUAG